AAAAAAAAAGUAGCUUCGAAAGAUCAACCGGUCGUCUUUCAUCGUCUGAACUCUGAAUCGUCGUAAGUGAAGAUCGGCCGUGAUUCCUCAAAUCUAGAGAGAGAUUGACCAUUUUUCUUGACCUCGCAAGAAAACCCAAAUCGAGAUAUUCGAGUUUCGAUUCUUCAGGGAUUUGAUUUGGGAAAAUGGACAAGCUUUUCAACAAGCUCAAAAGCUUGGAUGCGUACCCAAAAAUCAAUGAAGAUUUUCAUAGCCGGACUUUCUCCGGCGGCGUUAUAACCUUGGUUUCCACCAUCAUGAUGCUUUUGCUCUUCUUCUCCGAAUUUCGUCUAUACUUAUAUUCGGGCACUGAAACAACGCUUGUUGUAGAUACUUCAAGGGGAGGAACAUUGCACAUCAAUUUCGAUGUCACUUUUCCAGCUAUCGCGUGUUCAUUACUCAGUGUGGACGCAAUAGACAUCAGCGGGGAGCAACAUCUUGAUAUAAAACAUAAUAUUGUCAAGAAAAGGAUAGACUCUCAUGAAAAUGUUAUUGAAGUUAGGCAGGAUGGAAUGGGGGCACCUAAGAUGGAGAAUCCUUUACAGAAACAUGGUGGUAGACUUGAGCACAAUGAGAAAUACUGUGGUUCAUGUUAUGGUUCAGAACAGUCGGAUGAUGAGUGUUGUAAUUCAUGUGAAGAAGUUCGUGAAGCAUAUCGUAAGAAAGGUUGGGGGGUGUCGAAUGUAGAUUUGAUAGACCAGUGCAAAAGAGAAGGUUACAUUCAAAAGAUUAAAGACGAAGAUGGUGAAGGUUGUAAUAUUCAUGGGUCACUGGAGGUCAAUAAAGUGGCUGGGAAUUUUCAUUUUACACCUGGGAAGAGCUUCCAUCAGUCGACUUUUCUGUUUCAAGAUUUACUCGGCUUCUCAAUGGAAUCUCAUAAUAUAAGUCACAAGAUCAACCAAUUAUCUUUCGGUGCAUAUUUCCCCGGAGUUUCAAAUCCACUUGAUGGAGUGCAGUGGGUUCAAGCCACAGAAACCGGAGUGUAUCAAUAUUUUAUCAAGGUUGUGCCUACAAUCUAUACUGAUAUUAGAGGUCACAAAAUUGAGUCCAAUCAGUUCUCUUUUACAGAGCAUUUUAAGAGUUCUCAGUUUGGUAAUCUUAGACAGACACCGCCUGGAGUUCAUUUCUUCUACGACUUGUCUCCUGUUAAGGUCACAUUCACGGAGGGUAAAAUAUCGUUCUUACACUUCCUGACAAACGUUUGCGCUGUAAUAGGAGGUGUUUUUGCUGUGGCUGGGAUAAUAGAUUCAUUUGUAUACCAUGGUCAAAAGACUUAUAGGAAGAAAAUGGAGAUAGGCAAAUUGAGAUGACCUUUCAUGUUUUUUCGCGAAUGGAGAGAAAUAUUUGUGUUUUUACGUGUUUUUUUGUGUUAUCUUUUAUCUCGGUUUUAGACAAAAUGUAGAAUUCAAUUCAAUGUGACUAUAGAUUAGCUUAUUUAUAUGGAACACCAUACUAGAUGAAACUUCUCUUGUGUGGUUUAAUUGUAUGAAGAAUUGGUCUUACAUAAAAGAAUUGUCUUAAGAAU